UUUUCUACCAGGUAGGUUAGGUAUCUUAUAUUUUCUAUACGCCAACUCCCCACAACCUGCCCGCACGACCUAACAUACGUACCCUACCUCAUACGUACAUUAGGUACCUAGGUACACACGCGCGCGUUGCCCGCGGGGUUCCGCAAGCUCUGAUCGUCCAAGAUCCAUCACGAUGGCCAACCUAAUACGGUUACCCGAGGAACUUCUACUAGAAAUCACCACUUGUGACGUUUUGGGACCUAUUGAUCUUGCGUCUCUUGCUCUUGUCAAUAAGCGACUGUUUCGCGUCGCCAACGAAUCACUUUACAAGACAUUUGGACAAAGGGAAGCAAUCAUAUCUGCCGUGAUGAAUGGCAACAUUAACACCCUUGAAGUUGCGCUUUAUUACGGACUCGAUAUACACUAUGAUAAGUAUCGUGCAGUAUGCAUGGCUUCACGUCAUAGACAAAUUGAAGUUAUGAAAUGGUUACUAAACCAUGGCGCCCCUGUCGAUCAUGAUCUCAUCGGCACUUUUGCUUCCAUAUCGAAUUCUCCAUUGUUCUUUGCACUCCACCGUCGGGAUGAAGAGGCUGUCUUGUUCUUACUUGGACUUGGAGCUAUACCUAGAUUCAUUAACCUUGAUCUCCAUAACAACAUCAAUGGAAACAGCGAUGACGACGAUAGCAUCCCCACAGUUGCCGAUGAGACGGCCCUUCACAUUGCGUCUGGGUUGAAUAUGCUACAAGUAAUGGAGGUUCUUGUUCGCGAAAACAUUAUCCCAAUCGAUGAGGCAACUUCUACAAAUCCACCGGCUUUACACAUGUUAAACAGGCAUUACUACGACAUUGAUUUCAUCCCAGCAUUCCAUAAAUUGAUUGAGCUUGGGGCUGAUAUCAAUAGUACCCCUUCAAGCAAUCUAAUUCCACUCACGCUCGCUAUCACAUUGCGCCAAUUCGCAUAUGCAGAAGCGUUACUUGAUGCAGGUGCAGAUGUCACCCCGAAGCACAAGUUGCCCAGAAUAUAUCAUCCCAUCCAUGCCUGCUUUUGGAACCCCCGCAUCAAGGGCAUUCUUGAUACGGAGCCACUGGAAAUUCACGACCCCCCAAUGUACGCCUUACUCACGAGGCUCCUAAAGCUUGGAGCAGACUUGCACGAAAGCUACCCAGGUGGACAUACUCCCUUAGGAUGUGCUGUGUACUACAAAACUCCCCCUUACGUAUCAUACCUUUUGUCGAUAGGUUCCCGUGUUAACGAAAUAGAUGCAGCCGCGUAUACUCCGCUAGACCUUUUCGUGAGGCGGGCGGACACCAACCCGAUAGUCUUUCUACGCAUGUUGCAAACGCUCUUGCGCGGUGGUGCUAGAAUGGAUACUCCUUUGAGGUCCGGACUCACGUUACUAGAGUGGAUAAUCGAACAGAAUGACCGUAGCAUUUCGACCGCAUACCCAGACCUCCUUAGGGAAGUAUUGAAGAUGGCUACUCCAGCCAUGUUAGACCAAGAGUACCUAGACAAGCUUCUCGCUAAAUACUUCGAUACAGACCACUACGAGAUGUGCUUGGUCCUCAUGAAGUAUGGCGCUACUUUGAGAGACUACGACGAAGCUUUUACCAGCGCUAGACGUUUCAUAUUGUGUCACUCAGAACAGGCACCACGCGAUUCGGAAGUUCACUCCAGAUACAUGCAGAUGAUUACCCGCGCGAACCUUCCGGAAAAGUCGAUAGCCGACUUAAUUGCUUAUGCUCGACUAGCGGGAGAUGAGGAGAGCAUUAGAAUCCUGCAAUCCGAUGAAGAAGUUUGGCCUAGCUCUGGCUUGAGCAUGAACAUGGCCCUGGCAUUGUUGAGCGUUGAAGAAAAUGGGAUGAGUUAUACGGAUAGGUUGAGAGAGGCUUUAUAGGAGCUGAAGGGUGAAGGGCGAAGAUGCUUAGGACUCUAUCGCAAGAGUAGCAUCUUGGAAACUAACGGGGCUGUUAAGGUACGACGCAGAGGACGAAUGAGGAGCGAGAGAAAGGAACGAAAAGGAAAGUCACGAUAAUGGGCCUGCUGCAACCGGAUUCCAAUUUAUGUAUGGAUUAAAGAAUGAAAAAGUCCCUGCAAAGGAGGAAAUGGACUAUACUGGUAGACGAGCUUAGUGCUAAUUAAUGCUACCUAAUUGACAGUCUAGCCGUAGUUAUUAUCCUACUGCUAAAAUAAUGUGAAGUAAAAAAUUCCAUUGCUAAUAAGGUAGGUUGUAGCAUAUAAUCACGAAGAG